AGCAGAAGCGCUACACACACACACACACACACACACACAUAGUACACCGAGCAAAGCAAUCGGCUUAGACUUAGAAUAAAGCGCGUUACGAGGCGCUUUUGUCCAACGAAUAUUUGGAUCCUAAUGGCCUGUUGAUAGUGAUAUUUUGUCGUCUUUCUGUGCCGAGAAACACAGAAAACACACAGAAAACAGCGACGCGGAAGGAAUAUCGCGUUGAUCACGGGAUUCUCGGAUGAUGGAGCGGAACCCCGAGGCGCGGAGCUGCAGAACCCGGUGUCCGGAGCUCCUGCUCGGCGACUCGUCCAUGAAGCUCUCGGUGCACUCCACCACCGGGACGCGGUUCGAGCUGUCGGUCCCCCCGGAGGAGACCGUGGACGGGCUGAAGAGGAGGCUCGCGGAGAAACUCCGGGUUCCCAAAGACAGACUCCUGCUUCUGCACCGAGACGCGAGGUUGAACUCUGGGAAGCUGCUGGACUUCGGUGUGGGCGACGGGAGCAGACUGACACUGAUGCCCACCGUCGAAGCCGGACUGAUGUCUGCGUCGAGGCGUUCGGAGCAGUCGGUCCUGCAGGCGCUGGAGAGUCUCACAGAUGCUCAGGUCAGUGACUUCCUGUCGGGCCGGUCCCCGCUGACCCUUGCCCUGCGUGUGGGCGAUCACAUGAUGUUCGUUCAGCUCCAGCUGGCGUCUCAGCCGUCCGUCUCCAGGGCUCCCAGCCAAUCAGACGCCUCGACAGGCCUGGCUCCUCCCACAACACACACUGACCACACCCACUGUGGACAAAGCCCCGCCCCUGCCCCGCCCCACUCUCAGGCUGAAGGCAGCACAGACAGACAGCGAUGCAAACCGGGCGCCGUCAUCGAGAGCCUCGUCAAUCACGCACCUGGAGUUUUCUCAGGAACCUUCUCAGGUACUCUACACCCGAACUGUCAGGACGGCAGCGGGCAUCCUCGCCGUGACAUCACCACCAUCCUCCAGAUCCUCAACGACCUCUUGAGCGCCACACGUCACUUCCCGGGAGCGGCUCCGACCCUGACGCACCUCGGCUGCCCGACGCCCCGACCUCCGACCUGUUCACCUCCGACCUGUUCACCUCCACCUUCUCCGACCUCCGACGGGCAGCAGCACGGACGCCCGCGCCGGCCCUCCGGUGAGCGCGUGCGUCAGACGGAGAACAGGGCCACGCGCUGUAAGCUGGAGCACCUGCGGCUCUUACUGCGGCAGCGGCGGCUCCGGCGGAGGGCCCGGAGGGACACACGGGCCCCGCUCCACUGGCUGAGCGAGCGCAGGGCCACACGCGGCCCCGGGGCCCUGGAUCUGGACUUCCAGGAGCCGGUCUGGAAACCCGACGGCCCGUCCGACAGGAGCGCAGAGUUCGCUGUGGCUUGAGCUGGACGACGGUUCAGGAGACGCUCAUG